GAAACACACAGGCAGCGUGAGCAAGGGAGGAAGCAUCGUCUCAGAUCGGCCAACUGAGUGAUCAUGUGGACAUUGGUGCUCCUCCUCACAAUAGGAAUAGUGGAUUUGGGUAUUGGCCAACACUACAGCCAGAUCCAGUGGCUGUCCCACCUGCGCAGGCGACAAUGGCACGCUGGCUUGCAGGCUGAGGAUGCAGAUUGCCCCCUGGAGUGUAACUGCCCCUCAGUCUACCCCACAGCCAUGUACUGUCAUAGCCGCAACCUUCAGCAUGUUCCCUAUGUCCCCUCGCAUAUAAAAUAUGUCUACCUGCAGCAUAACCAGAUCACAGGCAUCCAGGAUGGGGUGUUUGACAACGCUACUGACUUGGUCUGGAUUGUGCUAUUUCACAACAAGCUCAGCUCAGACAAAAUUGGCAAGAACGUCUUCAGCAAGCUCAAGAACUUGGAUCGGCUCCUCUUGGAUCACAAUGACCUAACACACGUGCCUCCUAACUUGCCCACUUCAAUCACAGACCUGCGACUUGGGCACAACAAGAUAUCAAAAGUCCUUGCCAGCUCAUUCAAGGGGAUGGCAAACCUCACCACCCUUCAUCUCCAAGCAAAUGCCAUAGAAGACGUUGGAGGUGUGUUCAAGGGGUUCAAGUCUCUGACAAUGCUGGAUAUCAGGAAAAACAAGCUAAGGAAAAUCCCUGACAACCUCCCUGUGAGGGUGCAGCAGCUGUACCUGGAAUUUAAUAAUAUAGAAAGCAUUCCAGCAGAUUUUCUCACCAUGUAUCCCAAACUGCAGUUUGUCCGCUUAGCUCAUAACAAGCUGACUAAUAAAGGACUUCCUUCCAAUGUCUUCAAUAUCAGCACGUUGGUCGAGCUUGACCUGUCCUUCAAUAAACUGGAAAAGAUCCCUGUUGUCAGUAUGAACCUGGAGAACCUUUACUUGCAAGGCAAUACGAUUAAAGAGUUCUCCCUGAGCAGUUUCUGCAGUGCUGUUGACAUGUCAAACUUCUCCAGGCUGAAGAUGCUCCGUCUCGAAGCUAAUGAGAUCAGUGCCAAAGACAUUCCUGCUGAAGCCGCCUACUGUUUGCGGCAUGUUGCUUUCAUUGAUGUGUAGAGGUUUCCGAAAUGUCUUUAUCUGCAACACAUGCCAUGCUAUUAUGCUUCAUUAUAUUUUCCUUAUAUUACUCACUCUCCUCUCCAUUAAAACAUGAUUGCAUAAUGUUUGUUUAACCUGUUAUGAAAGCUGUUAGCAUUACUGAAAUUAUAAAACUUAUCCAAAAGGAAAUACCAUAGUUAUACAAUCACAUAUCCGGGUGGCAGACAUGUGGAUGACAAAGAGUGAAGAGAUCUGGUCUAACGAGUUGCAUCCGCUUAACUAAUUAAUU